AUGGUGCAAGCAUCCCUCCACGCCCACAGCAGUGAUGGCAGUGAAGACGCCCGUGAACCCCACGAUGGGCGUGCGACAUUUCGCAAACCCAAAGCGAAACAGGGCGUCGGCGGUCGGAAAGGCGGUGCUGCCCCCCGCACACGACCCAGCAGGUACAAGGACGACGACGACGACGACGAUGAUGAUGAUGAUGAUGAUGAUGAUGAUGAUGAUGAUGAUGACGCUGACGCCGAUGAUUGCGCAGCAGCAGACAGCGGCUCGGAUGCUGAUGGGGACAACGCAUACCAUGCGGCCGGUGUAACCGCCGGCUCUGAAGGACAAGGACAAGCGAGUCACCGACGGGAGCAGCCACAUCCGCAACGCUAUCGUCGCAGUCGCCGCAGUGGUAGCAGCAAUGGCAGCAGCAGUGGUAGUGCUGGUACUCAGCGCAAGCACAGAGGUACGGCGGGCGAUGUGAACAGACCACGUGCUCGGCACUCGCGCCAUGAUCGGCGACGCCACAGCAAACAGCGGACUCGUGAUAAUGAUGACGACGAUGACAACAACAACAACAACGACGACGACGACGACGACGACGACGACGACGACGACGAUAGGCACCGCCGCCACCGCCGCAGCCUCCACCAGAAGCAGCGCCGAAAGCCAGAAUCUGACGAACGCCCCUCGGCCGCAGCAGCAACGAAGUCAUCGACAUCGUCGCCAUCGCUGUCGCGGAUACGAGGCAAAGACGCCCGUGCCCCGCCGAGAGAGGUGGACAGCGGCAGCUCAGGCGCUGGCGUCGGCGCUGCGCGUGCGGGUGCAUUGAAACGUCGUCACCGCAGAGGCAGCGCAAACGGCAACAACGCCGCCCGCGAGCCAACAACGCAGCCACAUCCCCACAGCCAUCAACAGAAGCAGCAGCAGCAGCGCCGACGGCAGCUAGAAGGCGAUCUGAGCAGCUCGUCCGCGAUCUCGUCAUCAGCACAGCAGGGCGCGCGAACGCAAAUGACAACAAAGCCUGCGCACGGAAGCGGAACAAGUGCACCUGUGGUGCCGACGACGACAACAAACUCCCGGCUGAUUGGCGGUGGUACCCAGCUGCAGCCGUUCCAUUUGCCGCCAUCCAUGGUGUCAUCCCUGACAGCGGCAUCUCCCUCUGCUGGUGCUGGUGCUGCUUCUUCUUCGUCUUCUGUUGGUGCGCGAGGCGCACGGAACGCGUCGUCUGCCAGAUCCCAACUCGAGCUUGCCCAGCGACAACGUCAGCAGCAGAUGCUCAUGCUUCUCCAACAACAACAACAACAGCAGCAGCAGCAGCAGCAGCAGCAGCAGCAGCAGCAGCAGCAGCAACCCCAGCACCAACAGCAACACCACCAUCAACAGCAACAGCCGCAGCAAGCAUUUCUGACAGCACAGCAGCAGCUGUCGCUCUGGGGACAGCCUGGCGUGUCGGCACCAAGCUCCCUUGGCCUUGCGCCAGGAUUCAACCAGCAGCCACCACUGUCCCUGGCCACGGGAAUGCAGCCGUCGUCGUUAUUGUCACAGAUGCAGCAACCUCCUCCAUUGCAGCAGCCACAACAGCAGCAGUAUCCGCCAUCCGCGUACGUGGGAUCGUCGUGGCUUCCCCAGUCAUUCAAUGCACAGCAGCAGCAGGCAGGGCAACAACAGCCGCCGCCACUGCAACCACCGCAACCGCAGCAGCAGCAGCAGCAGCAGUCGCCCUGGCUUGCAAAUGCAGGUGCCAUGGUGCCGUCGAUGUUGCCAUCUCAGCAACAGCAGCAACUCCCUCAGCAAACGCAAUUGCAGCUGCUGCUUCAACAGCAGCAGCACCAGCACCAGCAAGCCCAGCACCAGCACCAACAGCUGGCAGCAUUGCAGGCCAUGCAGUACCAACAACAGCUGCAAGAUCCACAGCAGCUGCAACAGCAACUGCAACAGCUGUCCAACCCUGCGCUGGCACAAUAUCUAAACACGUUCCAGGGCGCGCCUGCAAUAAGUAACCCCCUGCAGUCACAACAGCUACAGCAACUGCAGCUGCAACACCAGCAGCUCCUCCAACAACACCAGCUCCAGCAACAGCAGUUGCAGCAGCAACACCAGCAGCAGCAACAACAGCUCUAUGGAUCCCAGGCCGUCAGCAGCCAAGGCAUGCCCUCACAGGUUGGCGGGCCACAGUCUUUCCGCGGCGGCGGCGGUGACGGAGGCGGAGGAGGGGCAGACGUAAUGACAAUGACACCAACAGCGAUGCUGGGCCACAACCCGCCGUCAAAGCGCCCGCGACAAAUGUCAGGCGCUGCGUCCUCGGAGUCGUCCUCGUCGCGCCCAACCGUGCCCUGCCCAGUCUGUGGCGCAAUGGCACGCAAAGCAACAAAGCAGUUCUGCACACGUUGCUACAGUGGCCUUUACAACGACAUUCGCAAGUGGAUCCGGGACUCUGCUCCGCGUCACGCUGACCCCGUCAACAUUGCGCCCGAGCAAUUUGCGGAGGACCUGAAGCAGAUUCCACGUGGCUGCCGUCAUAACUACACAUGCGAGGCUGUGUUCGGAAGAGUGCGCGACUGCAACCGGUGUCGCAGCAUCAAGCUCCUGCUGACGUGGCCAGACAUCUUCCGUCAAAUGCUGCUGAAGGCGCUCGACAACCACCCAUGCGACGUGACUGCAAACCCCCGCUACCAAUGA